CCCCCCCCCCCGCGCAGGAUUUCGUCGACGACCGCGAGGCAGACGGCGGCGCGGAGGAGGCCUAGAUUAUCUCCACGGGCCAAGGCCCCGUGGAGAUGGGGAUCUCGUUCAAGCUAUCUAAGGUCGGUGUUCGCGUACAACCGACUCCGCGCUCUUCCGCGCCGGGGUUACCGGCCGCGCCGGAGACGGAGAAGCCCUCCGCCGGUGAGAAGGAUGGUUCGAGGCCGGACGCCAAACGCGAGGAUGCUAUUUUCGCGAGAGCUAAUGAUGCCAAUGGCAUCAAGAUUUCACCGGCAUGCUCUAGGGCGAUUUUGCCUGAACAUGAGGUUUCUUUCACUUUCAGUCUCUAUGAUCGAGGUUACCUCAUCGCAAAGUCAGCAGUGCUGGAUCCUUGCCAGCCCUCUUCUCAGGAUGGAAAAACACUACAUCCCUAUGAUAGAGCGUCAGAAAAAUUAUUUUCUGCCAUUGAAGCUGGGAGGCUGCCUGGAGAUAUUCUUGACGAGAUACCAAGCAAGUACUACAAUGGAUCGGUUAUUUGUGAGAUUCGUGACUACCGAAAGCAUGCAUCGAAUCAAGUUCAUGCAUCAUCUGCUGAGUUAGGACUACCUGUGGUGAAUAAAGUGCAACUGCAAAUGACCUUUGAAAAUGUUGUGAGGGACAUUACACUGCUAUCUGAUGAUUCCUGGAGUUACAGGGAUUUCAUGGAGGCAGAGGCACGGAUUGUCAAAGCUCUACAACCAGCGCUUUGCUUAGACCCUACACCAAAGUUGGACCGACUUUGUCAGGAUCCUGUUCCUCAUAAGUUGAACCUUGGUGUUGGAAGAAAGAGGAGGCUGAGGCAAAAUCCUGAUGUUGUUGUCACAUCCAGUUACACAUCUCAUGGUAAAAAGGUGUGCAUCAAUAGGGCGCCUGAAAAUGCUAAGACAGACGAGGCAGGUAUUACAGGUGGCAAUGUUACUCACCAAGUCAUGUCAGGUGGCUCUCAACAACUUAGACCAACUAGUUCUCAAGAUGCUGCCAGAAUGCCAAUGUUAUCCCAAUCUGGUAUCCAGCCAAAUAUCAACUAUUCUGCUGUUGUGAAUGAUCGUGCGGUAGGACCUCCUGUCAAUUUUACUGGAGUCAAUUCAAGCAUUUCAUCUCAGAACGUGAUGUCUUACAAUGACAAUGGCCUUCUAUCUGUGAAGAGGGAACUACCAGAAGCACCACUGCAAGACCCUAAGAGAGUAAAACCAACAAUUAGCACUGAUGAUAUCCAGCAGCAGCAACAGCGGCAGCAGAUACGGUCCCAGUCAGCUACUCUUGGUGGGCAGGACAUGCAGUGGAAGAAUCAACAGUUAGAUGUCAAGGGGAUGCAAUAUGCUUCGCUGAAUGGCCAGAGAUACCCUUCUCCAGUGGUGAACAACAUGCCAGAUUCAGGGGCUUCCUUUUAUUUCAACCAGCAGGGUGUGAGAUAUGGUGCUAAGCAAGAGCAGGUGGAUGGCAUGGACAGAUGCAAAGACCCCUUGCAGGCUAUGCCCCCUGAAAAUAAUGUGCUUGAUCAGCAGCAAUCCCAUGCUCAACAUUUGUCACAGCAAGCAGCAGCGAGAAACAAUCAACAGAACAUGGCACAGUGGCAGAAUCAUCGGGUUUCUGUUGAGAAGGACAUGAAGAAAGAAGAAUUGCUUCAGAGAAGAAAGUUGUCCGCUGCUUCCCGUGUCUCUUCUGCACCAAUGGUUCAGUCUCCAGUUUCCUCUAAAUCUGGAGAGAUAUCAAGCAGUUCAAUGGGUGGCCAGUUCGGUUCUGCUGUGACAUCUGCUGCAAUUGGAUCACAUAAAGACAAGUUUGCAGCAAAUUCCAAUGCUGCAGUAGGCUACCCUUCUGUGAUUUCCAGUCCUAGUGAUUCUAUGCACCGGAUGCAGCAGCCUUCUGCCGCCCCUUCAAAAAGAAAAACAAAUUCUGUCCCCAAGACUCAACCAGUUGUGAGCGGUGUAGGGUCUCCAGCCAGUGUUUCAAACAUGCAUGCUGUACUGAAUGCUAGCAGCCCAUCAGUUGGGACUGCAUCAAUGGGCGACCAAUCAAUUCUUGAGAAAUUUACAAAAAUUGAAGCUAUAUCCCAUCGGCAUCAGCUGCUCAAUAAGAAGAACAAAGUUGACAAGUUAGCUCCAAGGAAGCCCAUGAUUAAUGCAAGCCGAGAGAAAGUUGCUACACUUCUCUCCAGUUGCUUUCAUACCGAGGACUACAAAGAUGAGACAAGGCCUCUUUGUAAUUCGAUGUUGAGUGGAAGUAUAAAUUCCUCCAAGACUAGAAUACUGAACUUUGUUAUGGCCAACCGUGCAUACCAAGGUCAUACAAAGCCGUUCAGGAUCAUUUUCAAGGAUAAGCCUGAUGGGACCGUGGGAAUGCAAUAUGGAGACCCAGAAGAUUUUGACAAUCAGAACUCACAUGAGUGUACACUCAUAUUACCUACCAAGUACUGCGCUGACUUGCUUGCAAUCCAACUUGUUACCCGGAUGGAGAAAGAAGGCUAUGAUAAGGCAGAUGAUCAAGUUGUGCUUAUCACCCCUCCUAGUAAUCUCAGUGCACCAUCGGGAAUGUUACCAGACAAUACAUCACAUGAAGUGAAACAAGAGGGAGGUAUAAGCCAGCAACUUAAUGCUGCAGCCCAUGCGAAUAUGGUACCUGGAACCACUUUGCAACAACUUUCUGCCAAUAGGAUGCUUCCAUCGGCGAGUAGCAACCAGGCACUAGCAAUGCCGCAAGGGUAUAUGCAGGGUGCAUCCAUGUCUCCAAGGAAUCAACAAAUGGACCAAAAUUUGAUUCAGCAGCAGCAGCAGCCACAGCUGCAGCAAAAUGCGCAAUCACAGCUUCAGCAACAAACAUCUCUUCCUGUGAACCAGAUGCAGAGACCUCAAAUGCUUCCAACGAGCCCAUUAUCUCAGAUGCUGGGGCCUGGCUCGAAUCUUCCCAUGGGUGCAAACCACAUGGGUAAUACCAAGGCUACUACUGCUUCCUUGCAGCUCCAUAUGAUGCAGCAAGCACAGCAGCAACAGCCAGGGCAGAUGUCGAGGAAACUGAUGAUGGGGCCUAGCUCAGCUGUGAAUAUGGGUAAUAUGGUUAAUAAUGUAGUAGGUCUUAGCGGUAUUGGAAAUGUGAUGGGAAUAGGCAAUGUUCGGCCAAUGUCAUCCCCAAUGGGAUCCAUGUCAGGCUUAGGGAACAAUCCCAAUCAGAUGAGCCUUGGGAUGACAUCCAAUCUUGCUGCAGCUGGGCUUCGCCCAGGUAUGAACGCUGCUACUCUUGCCAAGAUGCGUAUGGGGUUGGCUCAUCAGCAAAGGGUGGCAAGCAUGUAUCCCCAGACUGGAAUGGUUGGAUUGCCUGGCAGUGGUUCACCAAUCCUUCCUAGUUCUGCUGGCCUGUUCACCAAUUCACUAAACAGAAACAACCUCACCUCCAUGCAGAGGGCCAUGAUGUCUACGAUGGGCCCACCAAAGAUUCCAGGUGGUAAUUUUCAGCUGAAUGCCCAACAGCAAAUGCAUUACCAGCAGUUGCAACAGCAGCAACUCCAGCAGAAUCCACAGCAGCAGCAGCAACAGUUACAACAACUGCAACAGCUCCAGCAACAGCAGCAACUACAGCAGCAGCAGCAGCAAAUGCAGCAACAACAGCAGCAGCAGCAGCAGCAGCAAAUGGGGUCUCCUUUACAGCAGGCGGCGCAGGUAGGCUCGCCUGCCGGCUCACAACAGUCAUUGGUGAUGCAACAGCAACAAAUAAGCCCACAGCAAAUGGCUGCAAUGAGCCCGCAGUUGAGCUCAGGGUCUCUGCAACAAGUGAAUAAUAACUCUGUGGGGACGCCAGGCCCCCCUCAGAGUCCGCAGUUGAGCUCACACUCACAGACCCACGGAUCAGUCAGCAGCAUUGCCAACUCUCCAAUGGAGCAGCUGCAAGGUUCCAACAUGGGGGGUCCUGGUAGCAUGCAGUAAGUAACUUCAAAUAUUUGAUCCUGCCCCCUGCAAUAAUGGAAGGUAUAAAAACUGACGAAGAUUGUUUCAGCUUUCUUGUUUGUUGUGAUAAAUGGAAGUCAAGUUAUAGGUGUCCUGUAAGUUAUAACCUAUAGAUGCAAUUGUUAAGGAGGAUUUCUGAUGUAGAUUGUAGCUGAUGGGUAUAGUGAACGUAGGAGCUUAGUGCUGGGAGAAAACAUUGUUCAUCUGUAUUUUUUUCUUGUUUGAAUUAUAGUUGUUAGAUAAGUAUUUGCUACAGUUCCAGUUGUGCCUAUUUUUUGACUGGGUUGUGCCUAUGAAUAAGUCUGUUGUCUUCGUAGUGAAUAAAAUUAUCAUGUUUCAUCUUAA